GGAAAAAUUAAUAUUAACAAAUGAACUAUUACCUGCAGAUUUUGUUGACAAAGCAUUUGAACCCUGUGUUUGCAUCUGGAGCAUUGGUGGUUCCAGCAUCUAUGUACUUUCUACUGAAGAAAUUCAUCAUUAAACCCUAUUACCUUAGAAGGAAUAAGCAGAAAGCUCUAGAGAAGGACGAGAAAACAUCUUCACAGGUUAAAGAAGCAAGGGCAGCAGCAGAGAAAGCUCAGAAAUUACAAGAAAAUGUGGCUAACAGGAAAAGAAACAAGCAAUUAGAAACAGGUGGACUGGUUAUUAUGAGAGCACUAUAUGGAAAUGAAAGAGUUUUGUGCAACUUAAAUUCGUCAAGUGAGACAAGUCUUGAAUCAACUUCAGAAGUCAUUGAUGUCACCAUUCCUCUUAAUUUUCUAGUUAAUGAUUCUGGCCAACUCAAGCUUCAUGAAGGUGUAAAAAAAUCGGGCAUCAUGGGGUUUUGUGAUCCAUGUCCAGGAGAGCCUAAACAGUUGUAUAUAGAGUAUGCUUAUGCUGGCAAUGAAUACAAGGUUUCGGUUGGUGAUUAUGAAGAAUUAAUAAUACCCCAAGGCGCCCACAGGAUAUAGUGAUUAUUUUCGGCAUGAGGACUAUUUUUACCCCAUGCAGUUUUCCCUUCGAUUACAACAUUUUCUCCUGUUAAAUUGAAUGCAAGAGGUACCUUCUAUAAUUUUUGGGCCAUUGGUACCUUCACUUAUUUAUAUUUUUAAUUUAUUUAUUGUUGUGCCCUUCUUUUUGUUACUCCCCCGAAAAAAAUAAAUUGUAUAAUAAGGUCAUUUUAGGAGGUGAUUGUAGAAUUUCGUCAAGGCAUUGCGCAUUGCGCAUUGCGCAUUGCAGUAUGUUACGCAGCUGCUAAAUCACAAUUUUGAUUAGUGUUACUCUUGCUGAUCGGCUACCCAAUUUUAUAAUUUCACUCGAGGGAGAAAGUUCGAUCCCAUGAAUUCAUUGUUAGUUUUCAUUUGGGUUUGUACUUAGUAGUCGUGACAAUAACAACUGGGAAUAAAAAUUACAGUUGGCUCUUUGUGUUUGGGCUGGGACAUUUGUA